CCCACGUCCCUCACGAGACUCACCACCAUGUUUCGCAUCUCGCCAAGUCUUUGGGAGAGGAUACACCACUAUGCCUCCUUCCCCCAAACAGGAGUCUCACUUCAGCAAAUGGUCCUCUUCGGACAGAACCCAAGUCAAGGUACUUUGCUCAGAGGCAGCCAGUUCCUCCUCGAGGAACUGCCCGUUCGUCUCGCCCACAGAGUAAAGGAGCUCGAUCAGCUCCCUCACAAGCUCGGCGACAUGCCCUCCAUCAACAAGGUCAAGAACUGGUAUGCCCAGUCCUUCGAGGAGCUCAUCUCUUUCCCACCAAUCCGCCUCCCACCGGCUAUCCGCGCCGCACUUAUGGCUCCUCCCAUCGACCCCGUCUCUCUCCCCGAGUCACAUCCAAACCCCUCCUUCCACUACCAGUACUAUUCCGACGACUACACCACCGGCUCCGACCAUCCACUCGGCAUCGUCUCAACACCCAAGAACGGCAAUGGCCGCAGCACAAAUGGUAACGGCCAGAAGAUGCGCAUCCCCAUGGAGAGGAGAUACUACGCCAACACGUCGUCUGUCAAGGAAUGGCCGCCAGAGGUCCGCGAGUACAAUCGCUCGUUCACCAAAGCUCUCGAAUCCAUUAAGAAGCGCCAUGAUCCGACCGUGACCACCGUCGCUCAAGGCGUGCUCGAGUGGAAAAGGAGCCAGAACGCACGAAACAUCAACCUCGACGUGCAGCAUUGGCUCGACCGUUUCUACCUGUCGCGGAUCGGUAUCCGGUUCUUGAUUGGCCAACAUAUCGCUUUGAACACUCUGCAGCCACACCCGGACUACGUCGGUAUCAUCUGUACGCGCGCGAACGUGCAUGACAUCGUGCACGAGGCGAUUGAGAACGCUCGAUUCGUAUGCGAAGAGCACUACUCCAUGUUCAAGGGUCCCCCAGUGCAGCUCAUCUGCCCCAAGGAUCUCCACUUUCCCUACGUUCCCGGCCAUUUGUCCCACAUCUGCUUUGAGCUGCUCAAGAACUCGCUCCGAGCCGUCGUCGAGCGCUUCGGCCCCGAGAACGAGGACGCGUUCCCACCGAUCAAAGUAGUUGUCGUUGAAGGCAAGGAAGACAUCACCAUCAAGAUCUCGGACGAGGGCGGCGGUAUCGCACGGUCUGCCAUCCCGCUCAUAUGGACGUAUAUGUACACGACCAUGGAAGGUCAGAACAUCGACCAGGACUUUGACGCCUCCGACUUCAAAGCGCCCAUGGCGGGCUUCGGCUACGGGCUUCCCUUGUCGCGCCUGUAUGCGCGGUACUUUGGGGGCGACUUGCGCCUGAUUUCGAUGGACGGCUUUGGCACGGACGUGUACAUCCACCUCAACCGCCUUUCGAGCAACCGAGAGCCGCUCCCGUAACGGUCGGAUUCGGUUGCGCGUCGGAGAGAUACCAUCCCUGACCGAUGAAGGACGCGGCUAGGACACAUACUAUUUCAUCUUCCCAGGCAAUGCUGUCAUGCUAUUGAGCAUCUGUACGAUUUCACAUAUGUACGAAUAUACCGAUUCAUGAAUCAU